GAACGGCUCGGUUGACAUUUACUUAAAUAGUUUAUUGGAAACAUUGUGGAUACAUACUUAUUUUUUUUUUCAUGUCGACGGCAAACUGCAGCAGUGACGGUGGGCAUGAGAUGUCUGGAACUUGUGUAUCCACUGCAGUGCAAAAAAAGUGCAACAACGGUCAAGUGAAACCUUUGUCGACCUCCACAACCACCGCAACGAUAGCUGAUGCUUUUGAUAUCUUCGAUCACAGCGGUAAUCGUACAAUAGACGUCCGUGAACUCGGCACCGUUCUACGUUAUCUCGGUUAUGUGCCAUCGCAAGCUGAUCUAAGGGAACUCGCUGUGAACGUUGAAGACCACGAAGCCACAGGAACAGUUCAUCUAGCAGCGUUUUUACCUUACGUUGAAAACGCUAUCACUGAAUACAUGUAUCAACCGGCUUCCGCCUCAGAACUGUUGAAUGCGUUUCGAGCCUUAGACCCAGAGAAAACCGGCACUAUUAGCCGCGAGUGCAUGGAAGCGGCUCUACGACACGAUGGCGAACCAUUUGAAGAAGAAGAAAUCGAGGAGAUGAUGUCAGUGGCAACCGUCGAAACGGCCACCGGCAAUACCGUGAUUCCAUACGAAGUCUACAUAAAUAAAAUUUUGGUGACAAAAUGGGACACAGAACAGUAUAGCAACGGUAAUAACACAGCGUCCGUCGAUACCGGAAUGAAAAAAUAAAUCAAAGAAAGUACAUAAAGAGAAAUAAUUUUUGAUGAG